AAAACUUAAGCUUUGAGGAAAUGGGUUACUUAAGCUUUUUAAGAUAUGGGUUUAAUAUGUAUAGCAAGUUAUUUCAACAUAGGCUAGUUAGACAUUGAUUGAAAUCUUUAGUCCAUGAAAUAAUCAGGGGUUUGGACGGCGCUGAUCAAGUGAGAUCCUAUUCCUCCAUGGAAUUGCUAAGAAAAAGAGAGAGAUAUUCGAGGGACCCACACGUCCAAUUUGUUUUUGUGUUUCUCUUCCCUUUUCCAGCAAUUUUCAUUUGGAAUCAUUCAUCAUUGGGACAUAGAAUCUUUGUCAAUUUGUUGGAGGGGCCUCAUUCAGUAGGUGCCUAGUUAUUAAAACACCCCUCGUUAGGUUUAAUAUUACUUAUCCGUACUUUAGAAGAGGGGCAGUCCAAUUGAAUCCUUAAACCAGCAGGGACACAAAGGGGAAAUAUUGAAAAAGUAGUACAAAGCAUCGCAAACUCAAUAACAUCAGCAAGCAAAGUCAGAAGGAAGAAACAGACAAUAAACCCGCUCAAAUCAUCUCUCGAUUGCUAGAAUCUUUUCUUAACAGUCUCAUUCAUUCAUUAUUUUUGUGAUUGUUAAGCUCAUCGCACACAAAUAUAAGAAUCUUCAACGGGUUCUAUAUUUUUAUUGUCAGCCACUAUUAACACAGCUUUUAUAUGCCUGCCAGCUCACCAUCACCAAAUAUGCAUGAAUAUAUGGACGGCCACAGAGAACGCCUGCGCCGCAAUCAGCACAUUUUCACCGCCUUUGAAUUUUACCAAGUUGCAACGCCAAAGCUAAGUGCAUGUCAUAUUCAGUAAUAUGAAAAAUUAACGCGUUCAUAACUUAAAAAGGGUAUCAAAAUGGUAUAGCAAAGUAAAAAAUAUGUGCUUAAUUAGAUUUUUUGUCUGAAAAAGUAAUGUUAUAAUAUUUUUUACCAUAUAGGUUGUUCAUGAAAAGCAAAGAAGUUUCAGGUUCGAAUCUGUUCAAAGAAAUUUCAAACGGCAAAAGAGUACACAGGAGGAGGAGGAGGUUCACCCCACCCUCCCAACCCAUGAUGGGUUGAAAAGCAACCCUUCAAGUAACUCCUCCCCAUUAUGGCAGCACGUCCCUUGUUUCGUUUGGGGUCCAUGUUCCGUGCUCCUCCGCCUCCGGCUCCCACACCAGCACCGGCACCGGCACCACCACCAGCACCUGCACCUGCUCCGUCACCUGCACCUGCACCUGCUGCACCUGCUCGGGCACCUGCACCUGAACCUGCGCAAGUGCCAGCGGCACCUGCUCCAACUCCCACUCCUGCUCCUGCACCAGCAACGGCACCGGCACCUACACCUGCUGCCCCUCUGGCUCGACCUGCAUUUAGGCCGGUGGCUGCGCCUCCACCCACAGUCUCAGACCCCACUGCACCAGCAGGCCCAGCAGUAGCAUUUCGGCCUUUUUUUACCGGCACUGCAUCCGUUCCCUCAUCUCCAGUGGCUCCUAGAGUCCCUGCUCCCACAGUCCAAAAACCACCAUCUCCCACUGCCGUUUCUGUCACAUCUUCUGUGCCUUCAUCUCCCAAGCCCAAGGUUACUGGCCCUUCCUCUUCUGUGCCAACUUCCCCUGUUGCUAAAGCAGUGACAACAACCACUGCCUUCGCCAUUACUGAUACUAGAGACAAGCCAGCGGUUAAAACCCCACCUCCUUCCCCAAAGCCCAAACCCAGUGCUCCACCACCCUCUCCUUAUACCCUGCCACCUGCCCAACUCAAGCCCACUGCAGAACCUGAUUCCAGGGUUCCUGCAGAGGCCGAGAAAACCGUCACCAUUGACAAGCCCAAGCAAUUUCCCAGUGGCACCUCCCAGAGGGAAUUCCGUGAGCAUCAGACUUCUGGCAUCUUCCACAGUGAGAGGCAUGGGGUACCCAAGGAAGGGCAAGCAAGAGAGAAAGGUACUAAUGGCAAAAAGUUAACAGAAUAUGAAGAUGGCAUGAAGAUUAUCACAAUUGCAGGGGAAAACAGAGGUGCUUUCAUGGAAGUAAUCCAAUCCCCAAACAAAAAGCAACCUGCAGGUGGUGAAAACUCAAGCUAUCUCCACAAAAAAGGAACUCAUGUAGUGAGGAAGAAUGGCAGUGAUGCGGAAACCAAUAGCAGCACUAGCAGCGAUGAAGGAAGCCCGAACCGCAAAGGGAAAGCAAAGCAGAAGGCACUGCCAAUGAGUGCAUUCAUGAACAGCAAUGUCCAAGGCAUUAACAAUUCCAUCGUCUAUAACAGUUCCUGCACCCACCAUGAUCCUGGGGUUCAUCUCGCUCUCUCCAGGAAGCCUGCUGGUGGAGGAUUCCAUGUGAAGGAGUAUACAAGCGAGCAGAGCUAAGACAAGUUGGACACACAGAAAGAGAAUAUGAAACAAAAAAAGCUGCGCACUUUAACUUUUGUGUUUCGAAAUAGGAUAUUAUUAAUUAUGAAAAAGAAUAAAAACAGACCAAAAAAAAAAAAAAAAAUGGGAGUGAUGUGAGUGUUGUUAAUGGGCAGUGGUUUCUGAUUCUUCAUGGUUAGCUUCCACUUUUAUGGUGGAAUGUCAGUGAAGAUUGGCCAUUGCCUUGUGAUAAUAACAAGGGCAAUUGGCUUUUUUUAUUGUUAUUGAGAAUGGUAGAAUUUGAAUAUUACCAGCGGGUAAGAAAGUUGUUUGUGUAAAGGCCAAUUGUCAUAUUUAAUACACACUUAAAGAAAAAUAUUGGAUACUGUCA